AUGUACCGUGAAGAGUACCACACAGUGGACGCCUGGUACGAGAUGAUGAAGACUGCCUUCAAGUUUGGAGUCAACUUGUUUGACAACGCUGAGAUCUACGGCAAUGGUCAGGCUGAAGAAAAUAUGGGCGGUGCCAUCGUGAAGGGCAUUGAAGACGGUGUGUGGACCCGCGAAGACCUCGUGGUCACCACCAAACUCUUCGCGGGCUACAAGGGUUUCACGGAGUCCGGUCCAAACGAUCAAGGUUUAAGUCGUAAGCACAUCAUCGAAGGCGCGCGUGCCUCGCUGCGUCGUAUGCAACUGGACUACACUGUACGUGCGAUGAACCACGUGAUCAACCAAGGCUGGGCCUUCUACUGGGGCACCAGUGAGUGGUUGGCCUCGGAUAUUCGUGAGGCGUGUGAGAUUGCAGACCGUCUUGGCUUGAUUCGCCCUAUUGUGGAGCAAUCCCAGUACAACCACUUCACCCGAGACAAGGUCGAGUUCGAGUACGUGGAUCUGUACAAGAAAUACAAGCUGGGACUCACAAUCUUCUCUCCGCUAGCCUACGGAACUCUGACUGGAAAAUACAGUGGCGGCCAACCGGAGGGCUCACGUUUCACGAAGCCAGCGUUUGCGGGCCGUGCGAUGGUACCUACUUAUGGCGAGCGUGUGGAGAUUGCUGAGAAGCUCAAACCGAUUGCAAAGGAGUUGGGAUGCUCGUUGCCUCAGCUUGCAACAGCUUGGUGUGUUUCCAACGAGCACGUAUCAACCGUUCUCGUUGGUGCGAGCCGCCCUGAACAGCUGGAAGAAAACCUUAAAGCAAUUGACUUUGUGGACAAGAUCACGCCAGAAGUGAAGGCCAAGAUCGACGCUGUUCACGUAGCCUUUCCGACCGUGCCGGAGAUGAACCCUCUUGCAUUUCUGCGUAAGCGUCACUUGUGA